AUGCAGGCAUCGCGCGUUUUCACUCCUCUCAGCCGUCGGCUUAUUGCCCGGCAGGCCUUUUCAAUACCAUCACUGCGGUUAGCAUGUAUCUACACCCCGCGCAGCUUCCACAGCAGUCCCACCUCUAGAUCUUCUUCUUCACAACCCCUCCCAGAUCUUCCAAACACAAUCACCCUCGCCAACAUAACCCAUAACACCGACUCACACACCAACAUCCCUCCGACGCUAUUACCCUAUCUAACCCGUAACCUCCAUCUAACACCCCACCAUCCAAUCUCCAAUACCCGUCAAAUAAUCGAAUCCCUCUUCCCCGCAUCCGCGUUCGCAAGAUAUAAUACCCUCUCACCGGUCGUCACCGUUGCUCAAAACUUCGAUUGUCUGGGGUUCCCACAAGAUCACGUUGGAAGGAGUAAAUCGGAUACAUACUAUGUCAACAAACAUACUGUGUUACGAACACAUACAUCGGCACACCAGGCCGAGAAGUUUAGAACGUUGGAGAAGGAAGGGGUUGAUGGGUAUUUAAUCUCUGCGGAUGUUUAUAGAAGAGAUGCGAUUGAUAAAUCGCAUUAUCCGGUUUUUCAUCAGAUGGAAGGUGCUAGGUUAUUUGACAGAAAAGGGAAGAGUAGUAAGGAAUUGGUGGAUGAGAUAUUGAGGGAUUUGGAGGGGACGGAAGAACCUAAUGUUGACGUUGUGGAGAGUUGUAGGUUAUUCGAGGAAGAUGGGAAUCCGGUACAAACGGCCAAGGGACAUUCGGUUGAAGAAGCGGAGGCCGUAGGAAGGCAUUUACAACGACAAUUGGAGUUGGUGGUGUCUAAAGUGUUUAGUGAAGCUGCAUUGGCGGUUGGGGAUGUUAAGGCUGCAAAGGAGAAAGUGAAGGUUAGAUGGGUUUCUGCUUAUUUCCCGUUUACGUCGCCAUCGUACGAAUUGGAGGUUUUGUGGAAUAAUGAGUGGUUGGAGGUACUCGGGUGUGGGGUUAUUAGGCAGGAUUUGUUGGAUUAUGCGGGGAAGAAAGGGAGUAUUGGGUGGGCUUUUGGAUUGGGGAUCGAGAGGAUUGCGAUGUUGAUGUAUGGUAUUCCGGAUAUUAGGUUGUUUUGGAGUGCGGAUGAGAGGUUUAAGGGACAGUUUAGAGAAGGCCUGGUUAAAAGGUUUGAACCUUUUAGCAAGUAUCCGCAGUGUUUUAAGGAUGUGGCGUUUUGGGUGGGUGAGGAGAGGGGGGCUGCGGCUGCAGGGGGUGCUGGUGGGGUUGAAGGGAAGGGCGUGGAGUUUCAUGAGAAUGAUUUCAUGGAGUUGGUUAGAGGUGUGGGAGGGGAUUUGGUGGAGGAUGUUAAGUUGAUUGAUGAGUUUACGCAUCCAAAGACGGGGAGGAAGUCGAUGUGCUACCGCAUAAACUACCGAUCCCUCGAACGAACGCUCACGAAUGAAGAAGUUGACGACUUACAAGCUAAAGUUCGGUCUCAGCUUGGAGAAAAGAUGGGAGUUCAACUACGAUAG